AUGGAACGCUACGAAAACCCUAUGGCGGUCAUACGAAAAGCCCUCGAAGAGAUCAAGGAAGAACAAAGCAAGUCCUCAGAAUUUUACCUCCCUACUCCAGUCCCAGGACUAUAUGUUGCAAGAUGGGAAUAUGAUAUCCUAGCGCAUAUGACCUUCGUGCAGAAGCAAGGCGCAGAUACAUAUGUUACCUGGGAUACCCAAUUGCCCCCGCCCGGCCCGCCGGAUUACCCUCAGAGAGACAUGGCUGCCGUAUCGGGACUCCGUAUUCACGGCAUUUUAGUCGUUGAAGCCGAACUCGAAGCUGGUCUGACGAUCCUGAUUCAGCCGAAGAAAGGGCUUGUGAGACGUCUAGAAAUACAUCCCUUGGAGGAAGACGACAAGAAGAUUCUGAAGUAUGUUCGGGACAACGGACACAAGCGGCCCAUUUGGGGGCCUAACUUGGGCAGACUUCGUAUCCCAGACGCGUUGCUUAGACCAAAAGACGGAGACAAUCAUAGUGACGUAAAAGUAAAGAAAGAGGAGGGGGACUGA